AUGUGUUCUGGGAAAGGCCAGAUGAAAGAAUGUCUGUGGGACGGCCUAGAAAAAGGUGGAAAGAUGCAGUCAAAGAAAAUCUGGAGAUAUUGGGAGCGAAGACUCACGAAGAGUUGUAAACCAUUAAUGAUGAUGAUGCAAUCGCUCCGUCAGAAGUGUAGAUGCCAUGAUGAUGAUAGUUGGCUAGUAAAGGUGUUUACUGCUACUGAAGGUGAAGGUUUAGUCGCUGAUAUCACUUGUGGGAAAAGAAAAGCACCAACUAGAACAGGUAGGGUAGUAGGUGGUGAAAAUGCAGAAAAGGCUGAAUUUCCUUGGUUGGUUUCCUUAACAAGAAGAGGAGGACAUUUCUGUGGUGGAACCAUUAUCUCAGAAAAGUUUGUGUUGACUGCAGGACAUUGCCUUUGCACAGGAAUAGAUCAAGAUAUUCUACAAGCUUCCUCCAUAAAAAUAACAGUAUCCCAGUAUGAUCUAACUAUCAAAAAUACUGAUGCAUAUCAAGUAAGUGUUAAAGCCAUAACUAUUCAUCCUGGAUAUGUUUGUGGGAAGCCGAAAGACGAUAUAGCAUUACUCGAGUUGGAGAAUACGUUAACAUGGUCUAAUAGUGCUCUUCCAGCAUGCUUACCGAGUUCUAAGAGCGGAGAUGACUACACCAGUUUGCUAGCUGUAGUUGCUGGUUGGGGCUGGACCAAUGAAGUUACUGAUAAAGGAGGACGUGCAGAUAUUAUGCAAAAAGCUAAACUCGCUAUUAUUAGCCUAGACAAGUGUAGGGAAUGGUACAAAUCGCAGGGUAAAACUACUAAAAUAAAAGACAACCACAUUUGUGCAGGUUACGAACAUGGUGGAGUCGACUCAUGUUGGGGUGACAGUGGUGGUCCGUUAAUGCUAGAUAUGGAUCAUUCAGAAGACCAAACAAUGGUAAUUGGUGUGGUUUCCACUGGAAUAGGGUGUGCCAGACCCUAUUUACCAGGACUUUAUACCAGAAUUUCUGACUACAUUUCUUGGAUUGAAGAAGUGGUAGAGAAAUAAAUCGACUAAUCUGUGAUAAUUUGUGAUAUUAAGUUUAAGAUUUUUAUUUGUUUCCUAUUGUUGAAAUAUUUUGUGUAAUUUCCUUUUGUCGCUAGAAAUUAUG